CAGGUGGUAAAUCGUCCUGCCUCUGUAUUUUUUUCUCUACGUCGCCAUUAAAGACCGUCUCAUCGGCGGUUGGAAAUGGGGAUUAAAAUUAUUUAAAGCCCUAAACAGACGGCAGAGGGACGGGAGUCCGUUUUUUUAGUAUGUGGAUAUCGACGCUCCGAACGAACGGGGCGCAAAAACCUAAAUAUGCGGCUUCUAGGUAAAUAAACUUGUUGGCCGCGGGACACACGGUGUGGGAUUAGACUGGGGAAGCCGGAGUCUUGUUAGGACUGUGAAGCUCGGUUUGUUGUGGUAUCGCCUUGAAGAGGAGUGUAAACACAGGAAAAGCAUCCUGCUUGCCUGUGUGAUCUCCCAGAGCCUGCCUGUCGACCUGAGUGCCUCCGAGCAGCUGCCUCCCCCCGCGGUGGAGCAGAGCGACCAUGACUGAGCUGGGCGCCAAGUGGGCCUGUGACUACUGCACGUACGAGAACUGGCCCUCAGCUAUCAAGUGUACCAUGUGCCGUGCCCAGAGGCCCAGCAGGAGCACCAUCAUCACGGAGGAGCCUUUCAAAAACAUCCCCAGCCUGGACGCCGGGCUCCAGCAGUGGGACCCUCCGAGUCUGAGCCAGAGCAACAGCCCUCCCCAGGGGGGCUCCAGCCUCCUCAUCUGCCCAGACUCUAGCGCCCGUCCCCGGGUCCGCAUCUCAGACGCCCCGGAGACACCCAGCAAGUGGUCUUGCCACAUGUGCACCUACCUGAACUGGCCCCGAGCCAUCCGCUGCACCCAGUGCUCGUGUCAACGCCAGCCAGGGCAGCAGCAGCACCACCUCCACCAGGGGCGCCCCCUGCAGCCCCGCAGCCCCACAGAAUCACCCCAGACCUCAGGCACAGGGUGCCGGCCCGCCGCCCCCUCCUCGCCCACGGACCCCUGCGAGGAGUACAAUGACCGCAACCGGCUCAACACUCACGCCCAGCACUGGACCUGUGCUGCCUGUACGUACGAGAACUGGCCCAAAACACUCAAGUGCGUGGUGUGUGACCACCCCAGGCCGCCCAACGGCCUGGCGGAGCCAAUCGAACUGGCCACGGACCCCGAGAGUCAGCCCCCCCCCUCCAUACUCAACGAGCAGGACAGGGACAACCGCAGGGGGGGGGUGGUCGGGGGGGGAAGCGGGGGGCUCGGAGGGGGGGUGGUGGUGGGCUGCAGCGGCGGCCAGAGAAGGUCUCCUCUGACGUCGAGGAGGGACGCGGAGGUCAAGAUGGACUUCCAGAGGAUCGAGCUGGCGCAGGGGGCGGGCGGGAGCCAGGAAGACCUGGAGGUGGACUUUAAAAAGCUGAAGCAGAUCAAGAACAGGAUGAGGAGGACUGACUGGCUGUUUCUCAACGCCUGUGCAGGUGUGGUGGAGGGCGACCUGGCAGCGGUGGAGGCGUACAAGUCGUCCGGAGGCGACAUCGCCCGGCAGCUCAAGUCAGACGAGGUGCGUCUGCUGAACCGGCCGUCUGCGUUCGACGACGGCUUCACCCUGGUGCACCUGGCCAUCCGCUUCCAGAGACAAGACAUGCUGGCUGUGCUGCUCACAGAGGUGUCGCAGCAGGCCGCUAAGUGCAUCCCUGCCAUGGUGUGUCCAGAGCUGACGGAGCAGAUCCGCAGGGAGGUGGCCGCAUCGCUGCACCAGCGCAAGGGAGACUUCACCUGCUUCUUCCUCACUGACCUGGUUACCUUCACCCUGCCCGCAGACAUCGAAGACCUUCCCCCGCCGGUUCAGGAGAAACUGUUUGACGAAGUGCUCGACAGGGACGUCCAGAAAGAGCUGGAGGAGGAGUCUCCCAUCAUCAACUGGUCCCUGGAGCUGGGCACUCGUCUGGACAGCCGGCUGUACGCGCUGUGGAACCGCACGGCCGGGGACUGUCUGCUGGACUCGGUCCUGCAGGCCACCUGGGGCAUCUACGACAAGGACUCGGUCCUCCGCAAGACCCUCCACGACAGCCUGCACGACUGCUCCCACUGGUUCUACACUCGCUGGAAGGAGUGGGAGUCGUGGUACUCCCAGAGCUUUGGGCUCCACUUCUCCCUAAGGGAGGAACAGUGGCAGGAGGACUGGGCCUUCAUCCUGUCUCUGGCCAGCCAGCCUGGAGCCAGCCUGGAGCAGACGCACAUCUUUGUGCUGGCUCACAUCCUCCGCAGGCCCAUCAUCGUCUACGGAGUCAAGUACUAUAAAAGCUUCCGAGGAGAGACCCUGGGCUACACCCGCUUCCAAGGUGUGUACCUGCCCCUCCUGUGGGAGCAGAGCUUCUGCUGGAAGAGCCCCAUCGCCCUGGGUUACACACGGGGUCACUUCUCAGCCCUGGUCGCCAUGGAGAACGACGGCUUCGACAAUCGCGGCGCGGGCGCCAACCUCAACACCGACGACGACGUCACCGUCACCUUCCUGCCCCUGGUGGACAGCGACAGGAAGCUGCUCCACGUCCACUUCCUCUCAGCGCAGGAGAUGGGGAACGAGGAGCAGCAGGAGAGGCUGCUGAGGGAGUGGCUGGACUGCUGCGUGACGGAGGGCGGCGUGCUGGUGGCCAUGCAGAAGAGCUCGCGCCGGAGGAACCACCCCCUGGUCACCCAGAUGGUGGAGAAGUGGCUGGACGGAUACAGGACCAUCCGGCCGUGUGCCUCGCUCUCCGACGGCGAGGAGGACGAGGAGGACGAGGAUGAGUGACGGGCGGGGGACGAGGAGGGAGAGACCACGGAGCAGGGCUGCUCUCCGUAGGGCUGCUCUCUGCAGGGCUGCUCUCCGCAGGGCUG